AUGCUGGCACAGAAGGGGAGUCUCCACUCAUUUCGGAAAACAAGUGUGUCUUCCACCCAUUCUGGAACAGGGGAGUCUUACACUCAUUCUGGGACAGCGGAGUCUUCCAGUCGUUCUGGGACAAGGGUGUCUUCCACUCAUUCUGGGACAGGCGAUUCUUCCACUCAUUCUGGGACAGGAGAGUCUUCCACUCAUUCUGGGACAGGGGAGUCUUCCACUCAUUCUGGGACAGGGGAGUCUUCCACUCAUUCUGGGACGGGGGAGUCUUCCACACAUUCUGGGACAGGGGACUCUUCCACUCAUUCUGGGACAGUGGAGUCUUCCACUCAUUCUGGGACAGGGAAGUCUUCCACACAUUCUGGGACAGGGGAGUCUUCCACUCAUUCUGGGACAGGGGAGUCUUCCACUCAUUCUGGUGCAGGGGAGUCUCCCUCAUUCUGGGACAGUGUAGUCCUUCCACUCAUUCGUGACAGGGACUCUCCCACACUUUCUGGGACAGGGGAGACUUCCACACAUUCUGGGACAGGGGAGUCUUCGACACAUUCUGGGACAGGGGAGUCUUCCACUCAUUCUGGGACAGGGACAGUGGAGUCUUCCACUCAUUCUGGGAAAGGGAAGUCUUCCACUCAUACUGGCACAGGGGAGUCUUCCACUCAUUCUAGGACAGGGGACUCUUCCACACAUUCUGGUCCAAAAGAGUCUUCCACUCAUUCUGGGACAGGGGAGUCUUCCACUCAUUCUGGUGCAAGGGAGUCUUCCACUCAUUCUGGUGAGAGGGAGUCUUCCACUCAUUCUGGGACAGGGGAGUCUUCCACUGGGGAGUCUUCCACUCAUUCUAGGAAAGUGGAGUCUUCCACUUAUUCUGGGACAGGGGAGUCUUCCACUCAUUCUAGGACAGUGGAGUCUUCCACUCAUUCUGGGACAGGGAAGUCUUCCACUCAUUCUGGGACAGGGGACUCUUCCACACAUUCUUGUCAAAAGGAGUCUUCCAUUCAUUCUGGGACAGGGGAGUCUUCCACUCAUUCUGGUGCAAGGGAGUCUUCCACUCAUUCUGGGGAGUCUUACACUCAUUCUGGGACAGCGGAGUCUUCCAGUCAUUCUGGGACAAGGGUGUCUUCCACUCAUUCUGAGACAGGGGAGUAUUCCACUCAUUCUGGUGCAGGGGAAUCUUCCACUCACUCUGGUGCAAGGGAGUCAUCCACUCAUUCUGGGACAGUGGAGUCUUCCACUCAUUCUGGGACAGGGGAGUCUUCCACUGGGAGUCUUCAACUCAUUUAUGUGGUAGUUUUCACUCAUUCUGGGACAGGGGAGUCUUCCACUCAUUCUGGGACAGGGGAGUCUUCCACUCAUUCUGGGACAGUGGAGUCUUCCACUCAUUCUGGGACAGGGGAGUCUUCCACUCAUUCUGGGACAGUAGAGUCUUCCACUCACUCUGGGACAGUGGAGUCUUCCACUCAUUCUGGGACAGGGGAGUCUUCCACUCAUUCUAGGACAGUGGAGUCUUCCACUCAUUCUGGGACAGGGAAGUCUUCCACUCAUGCUGGCACAGGGCAGUCUUCCAUUCAUUCUGGGACAGGGGACUCUUCCACACAUUCUGGUCCAAAGGAGUCUUCCACUCAUUCUGGGACAGGGAAGUCUUCCACUCAUUCUGGUGCAAGGGAGUCUUCCACUCAUUCUGGGAGAGGGGAGUCUUCCCCUCAUUCUGGGACCGGGGGGUCUUCCACUCAUUCUGUGACAAGUGUGUCUUCCACUCAUUUUGGUGCAACGGAGUCUUCCACUCUCUGGGGAGUCUUCAUUCAUUCUAGGACAGGGGAGUCUUCCACUCAUUCUGGUGCAAGGGAGUCUUCCAUUCAUUCUGGGACAGGGGAGUCUUCCACUUAUUCUGGAACAGGGGAGUCUUCUACUCAUUCCGAGAUAGGGGAGGCUUCCACUCAUUCUGGGACAGGGGAGUCUUCCACUCAUUCUGGUGCAAGGGAGUCUUCCACUCAUACUGGCACAGGGGAGUCUUCCACUCAUUCUGGGACUGGGAAGUCUUCCACUCAUUCGGGGACAGGGGAGUCUUCCACUCAUUCUGGUCCAAAGGAGUCUUCCACUCAUUCUGGGACAGGGAAGUCUUCCAGUCAUUCUGGUACAAAAGAGUCUUCCACUCAUCCUGGUGCAAGGGAGUCUUCCACUCAUUCUGGGACAGGGGAGUCUUCCACUCAUUCUAGGACAAGUGUGUCUUCCACUAAUUCUGGAACAGGGAAGUCUAACACUCAUUCUGGGACAGGGGAGUCUUCCACUCAUUCUGGGACAAGGGUGUCUUCCACUCAUUCCGUGACAGGGGAGUCUUCCACUCAUUCUGGGACAGGGGAGUCUUCCACUGCGAGUCUUCAACUCAUUCCGGUGCAAGGGAGUCUCCCACUCAUUCUGGGACAGGGAAGUCUUCUACUCAUUCUGGUGCAAUGGAGUCUUCAACUCAUUCUGGUGCGAGAGAGUCUUCCACUCAUUCUGGGACAGGGGAGUCUUCCACUCAUUCCUGGUGCAAGGGAGUCUUCCACCCAUUCUGGGACAUGGGAGUCUUCCACUCAUUCUGGGGCGAAUGAGCUCUUCCACUCAUUCUGGGAACAGUGGGGGUCUUCCACUCCAUUUUCUGGUGCAAGGGAGUCUUCCACCCAUUCUGGGACAUGGGAGUCUUCCACUCAUUCUGGGACAGGGAAGUCUUCCACUCAUUUUAGUGCAACGGAGUCUUCCACUCAUUCUGGGACAUGUGAGUCUUCCACUCAUUCUGGGGAGUCUUCCACUCAUUCUGGGAAAGGGAAGACUUCCACUCAUUUUGGUGCAACGGAGUCUUCCACUCAUUCUGGGACAGGGGAGUCUUCCACUCAUUUUGGGACAGGGGAGUCUUCCACUCAUUCUGGUGCAACGGAGUCUUCAACUCAUUCUGGGGAGUCUUCCACUCAUUCUGGUGCAAGGGAGCCUUCCACUCGUUUUGGGACAGGGGAGUCUUCUGCUCAUUCUGGGACAGGGGAGUCUUCCAGUCAUUCUGGUGCAAGGGAGUCCUCCACUCAUUCUGGGACAGGGGAGUCUUCCACUCAUUCUGCGACAGGGAAGUCUUCCACUCAUUCUGGGACAGGGGAGUCUUCCACUCAUUCUGGGACAGGGGAGUCUUCCACUCAUUCUGGUGCAGGGGAGUCUUCCACUCAUUCUGGUGCUAGGGAGUCUUCCACUCAUUCUGGGACAGGGAGUCUUCCAAUCAUUCUGGGACAGGGGAGUCUUCCACUUAUUCUGGGCAUGGGAGUCUUUCAUUCAUUCUGGGAAUCUUCCACUCAUUCUGGGACUGGGGAGUCGUCCACUCUUUCUGGCACAGGGGAGUCUUACAUUCAUUCUGGUGCAAGGGAGUGUUCCACUCAUUCUUGGACAGGGGAGUCAUCCACUCAUUCUGGGCCAAGGAAGUCGUCCACUCAUUCUGGUGCAAGGGAGUCUUCCACUCACUCUCGGUUAGGGGAGUCUUCCAUUCAUUCUGGGACAGCGGAACCUUCCACUCAUUCUGGGCCAACGGAGUCCACCACUUAUUCUGGUGCAGGGGAGUCUUCCACUCAUUGGGAGUCUUUCACACAUUCUGGGACAGCGGAGUCUUCCACUCAUUCUGGUGCAGGGGAGUCUUUCACUCAUUCUGGAUCAGAGGAGUCUUCCACUCAUUCUGGGACAGUGGAGUCUUCCACUCAUUCUGGUGCAAGGGAGUCUUCCAUUCAUUCUGGGACAGUGGAGUCUUCCACUCAUUCUGUGUCAGUGGAGUCUUCCACUCAUUCUGGGACAGGGGAGUCCUCCACUCAUUCUGGGACAGGGGAGUCCUCCAAUCAUUCUGGUGUAAGGGAGUCUUCCACUCAUUCUGGUGCAGGGGAGUCCUCCUCUCAUUCUGGUGCAGGAGAGUCUCCCAUUCAUUCUGGGAUAAGGGAGUCUUCCACUCAUUCUGGGACACUGGAGUCUUCCACUCAUUCUGGGACAGGGGAGUCUUCCACUCAUUCUGUUGGGAGUCCUCCACUCAUUUUGGUGCAAGGGAGUCUUCCACUUAUUCUGGGGCCAAGGGAUUCCUCCAUUCAUUCUUGUGCAAGGGAGUCUUCCACUCAUUCUGGGCCAAGGGAGUCCCCCACUCAUUCUGGUGCAAGGGAGUCUUCCACUCAUUCUGGGCCAAGGGAGUCCUUCAUUCAUUCUGGUGCAAGGGUAUCUUCCACUCAUUCUGGGACUGGGGAGUCGUCCACGCUUUCUGGGACAGGGGAGUGUUCCACUCAUUCUGGUGCAAGGGAGUGUUCCACUCAUUCUCGGACAGGGGAGUCUUCCAUUCAUUUCUGGGCCAAGGGAAGUUGGAGUUACCCUCAUUCUAGGUGCAAGGGAGUCUUCCACUCAUUUCUCCAUACAGGGGGGAGUCUUCCACUCAUUCUGGGACAGGGAAGUUUUCCUCUCAUUCUAGUGCAGGGGAGUCUUUCACUCAUUCUGGUGCAGGGGAGUCUUUCACUCAUUCUGGGCCAAUGGAGUCCUCCACUCAUUUUUGGUGCAAGGGAAUCUUCCACUCAUUCUGGGCCAAGGGAGUCCUCCACUUAUUCUGGUGCAAGGGAGUCUUCCACUCUUUCUGGGUCAAGUGAGUCCUCCACUUAUUCUGGUGCAAGGGAGUCUUCCACUCAUUCUGGGCCAAGGGAGUCUUCCACUUAUUCUGGUGCAAUGGAGUCUUCCACUCAUUCUGGGCCAAGGGAGUCAUCCACUCAUUCUAGUGCAAGGGAGUCUUCCAUUCAUUUUGUGACAGGGGAGUCUUCUCUGCAUUCUGGGACAGGGGAGUCUUCCAUUCAUUCUGGUGCAAGAGAGUCUUCCACUUAUUCUGGGACAGGGGAGUCUUCCACUCAUUCCGGUCCAAGGGAGUCCUUCACUCAUUCUGGGGAGUCUUCCACUCAUUCUGGGACAGGGGAGUCUUCCACUCAUUCUGGUGCAGGGGAGUCUUCCACUCAUUCUGGGCCAAGGGAGUCCUCCACUAAUUCUGGUGCAAGGGAGUCUUCCACUCAUUCUGGGCCAAGGGAGUCCUCCACUCAUUUUGGUGCUAGGGGGUCUUCCACUCAUUCUGGGCCAAGGGAGUCCUCCACUCAUUCUGGUGUAAGGGAGUCUUCCACUAAUUCUGGGACAGUGGAGUCUUCCACUCAUUCUGGGACAGGGGAGUCUUCCACUCUAUCUGGUGCAGGGGAGUCUUCCACUCAUUCCGGGACAGGGGAAUCCUCCACUCAUUUUGGUGCAAGGGAGUCUUCCACUCAUUCUGGGCCAAGGGAGUCCUCCACUCAUUCUUGUGCAAGGGGGUCUUCCACUCAUUCUGGGACAAGGGAGUCCUCCACUCAUUCUGGUGCAAGGGAGUCUUCCAUUCAUUCUGGGACAGGGGAGUCUUCCACUCAUUCUGGGACAGGGGAGUCUUCCACUCAUUCUGGGCCAAGGGAGUCUUACACUCAUUCUGGGACAGGGUAUUCUUCCACUCAUUCUGGACCCAGGGGAGUCUUCCACUCAUUCUGGGCCAAGAGUCCUCCACUCAUUCUGUGCCAAGGGAGUCCUCCACUUAUUCUGGUGCAGGGGAGUCUUCCACUCAUUCUGGGCCCAGGGGAGUCUUCCACUCAUUCUGGGACAGGAGAGUCUUCCUCUCAUUCUGGGACAGGGGAGUCUUUCACUCAUUCAGGGACACCGGAGUCUUCCACUCAUUUUGGUGCAGGGGAGUCUUCCAUUCAUUCUGGGACAGGGGAGUCUUCCACUCAUUCUGGGACAGGGGAGUCUUCCACUCAUUCUGGGCCAAGGGAGUCCUUCACUCAUUCUGGUGCAAGGAAGGUUUCCACUCAUUCUGUGUCAGGAGAGUCUUCCACUCAUUGUGGGACAGGCGAGUCCUCCACUCAUUCUGGGCCAAGGGAGUCCUCCACUCAUUCUGGUGCAGUGGGUCUUUCACUCAUUCUAGGACAGGGGAGUGUUCCACUCAUUCUGGGACAGGGGAGCCUUCCACUCAUUUUGGUUCAAGGGAGUCUUCCACUCAUUCUGGGACAGGGGAGUCUUCCACUCUUUCUGGGACAGGGGAGUCUUCCAGUCAUUCUGGGACAGCAGAGUCUUCCACUCAUUCUGGUGCAGAGAAUCUUCCACUCAUUCUGGGCCAAGGGAGUCCUACUCACAUACUGGUGCAAUGGGGUAUCCACUUAUUCUGUGCCAAGGGAGUCCUCCACUCAUUCUGGUGCGAGGGAGUCCUCCACUUAUUAUGGGGCAAGGGAGUCCUCCACUCAUUCUGGUGCAAGGGGGUCUUCCACUCAUUCUGGUGCAAGGGAGUCCUCCACUCUUUCUGGUGCAAGGGAGUCUUCCAUUCAUUCUGGGACAGGGGAGUCUUCCACUCAUUCUGUGACAGAGGAGUCUUCCACUCAUUCUGGAACAGGGGGGUCUUCCACUCGUUCUGGGCCAAGGGGAGUCUUCCACUCAUUCUGGACCCAGGGGAGUCUUCCACUCAUUCUGUGCCAAGGUAGUCUUCCACUCAUUCUGGGACAAUGGAGUCCUCCACUCAUUCUGUGCCAAGGGAGUCCUCCACUUAUUCUGGUGCAAGGGAGUCUUCCACUCAUUCUAGGACAGGGGAGUCUUCCACUCAUUCUGGGCCCAGGGGAGUCUUCCACUCAUUCUGGGACAGGGGAGUCUUCCACUCAUUCUGGGACAGGGGAGUCUUUCACUCAUUCUGGGACAGCGGAGUCGCCCUCCACUCAUUUUGGUUGUCAGGGGAGUUUUUGUCCAUUCAGUUCUGGGACAAGGGAGUCUUUCCAUUCUCAUUCUGGGACAGGGGAGAUCUUCCACUCAUUCUGGGCCAAGGGAGUCCUCCACUCAUUCUGGUGCAAGGAAGGGGAGCCUUCCACUCAAUUUGGUACAAGGGAGUCUUCCACUCAUUCUGGGACAGGGGAGUCUUCCACUCUUUCUGGGACAGGGGAGUCUUCCAGUCAUUCUGGGACAGCGGAGUCUUCCACUCAUUCUGGUGCAGGGAAUCUUCCACUCAUUCUGGGCCAAGGGAGUCCUACUCUCAUACUGGUGCAACGGGGGGAGUCUUCCCACUGUCAUUCUGUGAAAGAAGGAGUUCUUCCACUCAUUCUGGAACAGGGGAGUCUUCCACUCCAUUCUGGGCCAAGGAAGUCGUUCCAACCUCAUUCUGGUGGCAAUGGGAGUCCUUCCCACUCACUCUCGGUGGUUAGGGGAGUUCUUCCAUUCAUUUCUGGGGACAGCGGAAACCAUUCCACUCCAUUCUGGGCCAACGGAAGUCCAGCCCAAUUAUUCCUGGUUGCAGGGGUGGAGUCUUCCUCCAAUCUAUUGUGUGACAGGCGGGGAGUCUUCCACUCAAUUGACUGGGCGGGCCAGGGGACGUCUUCCACCUUCAUUCUGGGACAUGGGGAAAAGGUCUUCCACUAUUCUGUGAAACAGGGGAGUCUUUACAAACCAUUCUGGGACAGCGGAGUCUUCCAACUCAUUCUGGUUGCAGGGAGUCUUUCACUUCAUUCUGGAUCAGAGGAGUCUUCCACUCAUUCUGGGACAGUGGAUGUUCUCAUCUGUGCAAGCGUGUUUCCUUCAUUCUGGACAGAGGUACAUUCCACUCAUCUGGGAUGGGAGUUUUCCACUCAUUCUGGGACAGGGGAGUCCUACACUCAUUCUGGGACAGGGGAGUCCUCCAAUCUUCGGUGUAAGGGAUGUCUUCCACUCAUUCUGGUGCUAGGGAGUCCCUCCUCUCAUUCUGGUGCAGGAGAGGGUCUCCCAUUCAUCUGGGAUAAGGGUUUGUACUUCACUCAUUCUGGGACCAGGGGAGUCUUCCCACUCAUUCUGGAGGGUCUUCCACAGGGGAGCUUCAUUCAUUCUGACAGGGGAAGUCCUCCACUCAUUGGUGUAGGGGAGGGAUCCUUUCCUCUCAUUCUUGGCCAAGGGAGUCCUCCACUCAUUCUGGGUUGCAAGGGAGUCUUCCACUCUUCUGGGGCAGGGAGCCCCUCCACUUUAUUGGUGCAAGGGAGUCUUCAUUCAUUCUGCCAAGGGAGUCCAUCACUCAUUCUGGUACAUGGGAGUCUUCCACUCAUUCUGUUACAGGGGAGUCCUCCACUCAUUUUGGUGCAAGGGAGUCUUCCACUUAUUCUGGGCCAAGGGAGUCCUCCACUCAUUCUUGUGCAAGGGAGUCUUCCACUCAUUCUGGGCCAAGGGAGUCCCCCACUCAUUCUGGUGCAAGGGAGUCUUCCACUCAUUUUCUGGGGCAAGGGAGGGGAAGUCCUUCAUUCAUUCUGGUGCAAGACAGGGGAGUCUUCCACUCAUUCUGGGACAGGGAAGUUUUCCUCUCAUUCUAGUGCAGGGGAGUCUUUCACUCAUUCUGGGUGCAGGGGGUCUUUCACUCAUUCGGAGCCAAUGGGGAGUACCUCCACUCAUUUUUUGGUGCAAGGGAAUCUUCCUCAUCUCGGGCCAAGGGAGUCCUCCACUCAUUCUGGUGCAAGGGAGUCUUCCACUCUUUCUGGGUCAAGUGAGUCCUCCACUUAUUCUGGUGCAAGGGAGUCUUCCACUCAUUCUGGGCCAAGGGAGUCUUCCACUUAUUCUGGUGCAAUGGAGUCUUCCACUCAUUCUGGGCCAAGGGAGUCAUCCACUCAUUCUAGUGCAAGGGAGUCUUCCAUUCAUUCUGUGACAGGGGAGUCUUCUACUCAUUCUGGGACAGGGGAGUCAUCCAUUCAUUCUGGUGCAAGGGAGUCUUCCACUCAUUCUGGGACAGGGGAGUCUUCCACUCAUUCCGGGCCAAGGGAGUCCUCCACUCAUUCUGGGAGUCUUUCCACUCAAUUCUGGGCCAAGGGAGUCCUCCACUAUUUCUGGUGCAAGGGAGGGUCUUCACUCAUCUGGCCAAGGGAGUCCUCCACUCAUUUUGGUGCUAGGGGGGUUUCUUCCACUCAUUCUGGGCCAAGGGAGUCCUCCACUCAUUCUGGUGCAAGGGAGUCUUCCACUAAUUCUGGGACAGGGGAGUCUUCCACUCAUUCUGGGACAGGGGAGUCUUCCACUCAUUCCGGGGACAGGGGAAUCCUCACUCAUUUUGGUUGCAAAGGGAGUCUUCCAUCAUUCUGGGCCCAAGGGAUUCCUCCCCAUCAUUCUGUGCAAGGGGGUCUUCCAUCAUUCUGGGACAAGGGAGUCCCUCCACUCAUUCUGGUGCAAGGGAGUCUCCAUCUUCUGGGACAGGGGGAGUCUUCCACUCAUUCUGGGACAGGGGAGUCUUCACUCUUCUGGGCCAAGGUCUUCCACUCAUUCUGGGGGGACAAUGGAGUCUCCACUCAUUCUGUGCCAAGGGAGUCCUCCCUCAUUCUGUGCCAAGGGAGUCCUCCACUUAUUCUGGUGCAGGGGAGUCUUCCACUCAUUUCUGGCCCAGGGGGUCUUCCACUCAUUCUGGGACAGGAGAGUCUUCCUCUCAUUCUGGGACAGGGGAUCUUUCACUCAUUCAGGGACACCGAGUCUUCCACUCAUUUUGGUGCAGGGGAUCUUCCAUUCAUUCUGGGACAGGGGAGUCUUCCCACUCAUUCUGGGACAGGGGAGUCUUCCCACCCUCAUUCUGGGCCAAGGGAGUCCUUCACUCAUUCUGGUUUUGCAAGGAAGGUUUCCACUCAUUCUGUGGUCAGGAGAGUCUUCCACUCAUUGUGGGACAGGCGAGUCCUCCACUCAUUCUGGGCCAAGGGAGUCCUCCCAUUCUGGUGCAGUGGGUCUUUCAAUCAUUCUAGGACAAAAGGGAGUGUUCCACUCAUUCUGGGGACAGGGGAGCCUUCCACUCAUUUUUGGUUCAAGGGAGUCUUCCACUCAUUCUGGGACAGGGAGUCUUCCACUCUUUCUGGACAGGGAGUCUUCCAGUCAUUCUGGGACAGCAGAGUCUUCCACUCAUUCUGGUGCAGAGAAUCUUCCACUCAUUCUGGGCCAAGGGAGGUCCUACUCACAUACUGGUGCAACGGGGUGGUUAUCCACUAUUCUGUGCCAAGGGAGUCCUCCAUCAUUCUGGUGCAAGGGAGUCCUCCACUUAUUAUGGGGCAAGGGAGUCCUCCACUCAUUCUGUGCAAGGGGGGGUCUUUCCACUCGUUCUGGGCCAAGGUAGUCUCCAUCAUUCUGGUUGCAAGGGAGUCUUCCACUCAUUUGGGUAAGGGGAGUCUUCCUCUCAUUCUGGGCCAAGGUAGUCCUUCACUCAUUCUGGUACAAGGGAGUCUUACACUCAUUCUGGGACAGGGGAGUCUUCCACAUCAUUCUGGACCAGGGGAGUCUCACUCAUUCUGUGCCAAGGUAGUCUUCCCACUCAUUCUGGGACAAUGGAGUCCUCACUCAUUUCUGUGCCAAGGGAGUCCUCCACUUAUUCUUGGUGCAAGGGAGUCUUCCACUCAUUCUAGGACAGGGGAGUCUUCCACUCAUUCUGGGCCAGGGGAGUCUUCCACUUCAUUCUGGGACAGGAGAGUCUUCCUCUCAUUCUGGGACAGGGGAGUCUUCACUCAUUCUGGACACUGGAGUCUUCCACUCAUUUUGGUGCAGGGGAGUUUUCCAUUCAUUCUUGGAGGGUUCUGCACAAGGGAGUCUUCCACUCAUUCUGGGACAGGGGAGUCUUCCACUCAUUCUGGCCAAGGGAUUUAG